GCCUUCCCCCGGUUCCAACUGUUGUGCCGCCGCGGGAUUUGGUCUGAGCCUGGGCAGAGCCCCCCUUUAAGAGCAGCUCUCCAGCUUCUAUCACAGCAAGAGUCUGGUGGAAGUGAUUCUUGCCUUCGCGUCGCACACAAAGGCGAGGAGCUCUUUAAAGGGACCUUCCUGCUCCUGCAUGCAGCUGCUAACCUGUGUUGGUGCGGACACAAUGACCCAGGCUUCCGCCUGAAAAUGAGUGGGGAGGGGUCUUGAGGAGCCCCCACGACCUCCCGGAGUGGGGCAGGGAGGGAGCUGACAGCCGGAGUGGCUGGAGACCACCGGUCCCCAGGGAGCGGCUUGCGAUUAGCUGCUUCUUGGGAUGCUCAGCGCGCCAGUAGAGCAUCCUGCCUGUGGUCCAGAGGGUGCUGGCGGCGCAUCUUGCGGUAUGCCUGCGUGGAUUUGAGCCAUCGCCCAGAGGCGAACCCGCAUUCAGGCACCGCGGACGGGCUCCUGGCAGGGCUGCGUUCAGUCAGCACAAAUGCUUAGCUCCAGGCGUCUGCCCAAGCCUCCCGACAUGGAUUUGGCUGUUUAAUCAACCGAGAUUACUGCCCGGGAAGAUUUGCCAGUCUGAUCCGCGCUCCAGCUGCUGUGACAACUUCAGGGCUAGCUGUUUACUUCUCUCGGUGCCUGGGACUCUGUCCUGCACCGCAGUCACUGCUGCCACUUUCCCUGGCUCUGAAGUCAGCUGCAAGGACUCCCCGGCCCCGAGGAAGGGGGAGGAAGGAGGGGUUAAAAGACAAGCAGACCCUCCCAACUGCUCGACCUCUCUUGACUGCUUGUGUUCCGGCGUUCUGAGAGGGACCGUGCACUGCCCGGGGAAGCAAUGCAAGUCUCCAUAGCCUGCACAGAGCAUAAUUUGAAGAGUCGGAAUGGCGAGGAGCGACUUCUGAGCAAGCAGAGCUCCACCGCCCCCAAUGUGGUGAACGCAGCCCGGGCCAAAUUCCGCACGGUCGCUAUCAUCGCACGCAGCCUGGGGACCUUCACCCCUCAGCAUCACAUCUCUCUCAAAGAGUCCACCGCAAAGCAGACUGGCAUGAAAUAUAGGAAUCUUGGAAAAUCAGGACUCAGAGUUUCUUGCUUGGGUCUUGGAACAUGGGUGACAUUUGGAGGUCAAAUUUCAGAUGAGGUUGCUGAACGGCUGAUGACAAUUGCCUACGAGAGUGGAGUGAAUCUCUUUGAUACGGCUGAGGUCUACGCCGCUGGAAAGGCGGAAGUGAUUCUGGGGAGCAUUAUCAAGAAGAAAGGCUGGAGGAGGUCCAGCCUGGUCAUAACAACCAAACUCUACUGGGGUGGAAAAGCUGAGACGGAAAGAGGGUUGUCAAGAAAACAUAUUAUUGAAGGACUGAAGGGCUCCCUCCAGAGGCUGCAGCUCGAGUAUGUGGAUGUAGUCUUCGCAAAUCGACCAGACAGUAACACCCCCAUGGAAGAAAUCGUUCGAGCCAUGACACAUGUGAUAAACCAAGGAAUGGCAAUGUACUGGGGAACCUCCCGCUGGAGUGCCAUGGAGAUCAUGGAAGCCUACUCUGUAGCAAGACAAUUCAACAUGAUCCCACCAGUCUGUGAACAAGCUGAGUACCAUCUUUUCCAGAGAGAGAAAGUGGAGGUUCAGCUACCAGAGCUCUACCAUAAAAUAGGCGUCGGAGCGAUGACAUGGUCUCCACUGGCCUGUGGCAUCAUCUCAGGAAAAUAUGGAAAUGGGGUGCCUGAAAGUUCCAGGGCUUCACUGAAGUGCUACCAGUGGUUGAAGGAAAGGAUUGUGAGUGAAGAAGGGAGAAAACAGCAAAACAAGCUGAAAGACCUUUCCCCGAUUGCGGAGCGUCUGGGAUGCACGCUACCUCAGCUAGCCGUGGCGUGGUGCCUGAGAAAUGAGGGUGUGAGUUCCGUGCUCCUGGGAUCAUCCACUCCUGAACAACUCAUUGAAAACCUCGGUGCCAUUCAGGUUCUCCCAAAGAUGACAUCACACGUGGUAAAUGAGAUCGAUAACAUAUUGCGCAACAAGCCCUACAGCAAAAAGGACUAUAGAUCAUAAGGCAGUGCAUGAGCCGCAGGAGCUGCAUGGGUAAAGCAGCAGUCUAUACAGGUACAGAACGGUGUUACUAGCCAGUGUUCUGAAUCACUUAGCAGCCCACUGCUCAACCUCUAGUGUCCCCGGAUUCUGAGGUUUCUGCUGUCGCUACCACUGUGCACCUGAAUUAUGAACACAUCUGAAAACUCACAACCAGGAAAAUCCAUUCUAUUUUCUUAUCUGGGACUGCAGUCACCUGUUCUUACAUUGCUCUGUACAUCUCAUGUUUAUGCAAAGGAAAGCAUGUGGCGGGGGAAAGAUAUAUUACCUUCAGGCAUUUAGUAACUUAAAGAAGGUUGUACAGAUAUAUUUUUUCAAAUGAACAACAUCCACAGAUGCAAUGUGGAUUGCAUCAGAAAGAGUAGGCUCUGUUCACUCCGAAGUCUUGCUUGAAAAAUCAGCUGAAACAAUUUUACAUUUUUUUUUUCUAUUUUCACAUUCAUGUUAGCAAGAGUUGUUUUCACUUGUCAUUCAACAGAAGUGAAAUGCCUAGGUAUUUGCUUUCAUUACCUUUUAAAUAUUUAGUGUUGCUUGGCCUCAAAAAUGGCCCUGUAUAGCAAUUCCUCCAAGGUGGUCUAUUAGGAUUCUAAUGUUAUGUCCAUUUACAUGGAGAGAUGGUAAAAGGAUGAAGACCCUAGUCUUUAACCAGAGACAGUCUGGUUAACUUAUGAAAGGGAGAAUUACACUACUAUGGAAGCCUAGCUUUGAAUAAAAUGUAUCUGCAAUGAAGUGUUCAUUUUUACCUACAUUUUCCUAAAACCUGCUUUAUACUUUUGACUGCUUGUAGGCACAGCUUCUGCAAGUUUAAAUAUUUGAGCUUUAAAAAUAAAUAUACACAUGCUCAGUUUUGUAAGUAAAUCUGUAAAAUACCCAGAAAGGCAAAUAUUUGCUGUUUAAUUAGCACUGGGAUUUUACAUGCUUGGUGUUUUUGAGAAGUUAUUAACAUGAAGGUGAAUCAUGGGCUUUGAGAAAAAUGCUGUCACUACUCAGCAUAUGCUGGGUGAAGUAACUUGCCCAAAGAAAAGUAAAUGUUAAAGAACUUCCUAAUUCCAUAAUCACACUGUGUGCAUUAAACUAUAUGCAUGAAAGUUCUCUGCAUGGAUUAAUGGGGCCUAGCCUUGUGGCACACAGAAGCUGAGGUAUAUCCCGCCCUGCCACUACUUGGCUCCCUACUCUCAUGAAUAUAUGACUUGAGAAAAACUGACAGUAUACUGCGUGUACCUGUAAGGAGGGAGAAAACUUUUUUCCCCACUUUUAAGGUGUAUGUAGAGGGGGGAGGAUCCUCUAUCUCUAUUUGGACACCUGAGCAUGUACGAAAUUCUGAUUUAAUUUUCUGGCCAACAGGACCCCAUGUAGAAACCACUGAGACUUACAGAAGAAAUGUACUAUUCAGCUUAAAAUGCUAUUUUCUGCCACCAUUUCCAGAUAUGUAUUUCAUGAUUAAGUUCUCAAACUUAAAAUGUUAGUGUGAAGUACCAACAAAUUUUCUUUUUGAUUACUAUUACCUGUAUUCUAAUAGGGAAACAGUGCGUUUUUUACCCAAGAGUAUCAGAUUAAUGAUGGAAAUGGAUCAUUUUUCAGUUGUUCAUUGUGCACUCUAUCAAUCCAGUAUGCAUAAGUGAGCUGAAGUUGUCUAAUUGGAACUGCAGUUUAUUUGCUUAGAGUAAUAAAAGCAUUUGUGCAUUUAAUCUCA